AUGAGGCCCGAAGCCAUAAUAGCCGAGGAAGUCUCAGUCACGAACAGCCUCAAUAAGAGGUCGGUUGACGAUGACACGGACUUCAAGAUAGGCGGCAACGCUUGUGUCAGUGGAGCCAUGCUCCUACCGCCCUCAUCACCAUCGUCAAUGCUAACACAACGUUUCCAUCAACAACAGAAGCGCAGCAAACACGGCCAGGACAAGAUGGGAACAGUAGCAGGUCUCACGACUCCUCCAUUUUCUUCGGCAGAGAUCAUCAAGCAGGGAGAACAGUCUCUGGCCGCCUCGCUCUUCUCGUCCAAGGUCGUAGCCAAGAUCUGGGGCGUGGCACAACAAAGCUUCUCUUCGUCUUCGCCACCGACCUUAUUCCCGGAGUACACAGAACCAGGCGGCACCAAGUACGUCUACCGCGAACUGGACUUUUGGACCUCAGGAUUCUUCCCCGGAUGUCUCUAUCUCCUCCUCGAGCGCAGGCAGCUCAAGACGACACAUGAUCUGGGCUUCAUGAUCUUUCCCUGGGCACGACCCGCAUGGGAACUCUUAAGUGAUCGCAGAUCGUUCGAGACAGCUAUCACAGCAGCGAGGUCGCUGUAUAGCCGAUAUGAUGCUGCCGUGGGAUCCAUCCGGUCAUGGGACGUCUGCGUAACGAAGCGAUACAAGUUUCUGGACCCGAGUAAAGACUUUCUCGUUAUCAUUGACAACAUGAUGAACCUCGACGUGAUCUUCUGGGCCGCUUCCCAGCUGGGAGACGACGACAUGUGGAACGCGGCUGUCAAGCACGCUGAAACGACAAGAGAGCACCACAUUCGCCCCGACUCUUCCACCUUCCACGUCGUCAACUUUGACCGGGCGACUGGCGUGCCAAAAGAAAAGAUUACGAACCAGGGAUACUCUGAUACAUCCUCAUGGUCGAGGGGGCAGGCGUGGGCGAUCGCGGGAUUCGCGCAGACCUACGGCUGGACACGGGACCGAUCUUUCCUCGAUACAGCCAUCUCGUGUGCGGACUAUUUUCUCGAGCAGCUCCCUUCGAACUGGAUCCCACCGUGGGACUUCGCUGCACCCAAAGACAUGGCACAACCUCCGGAUGUCAGCGCCGCCAUGAUUGCGGCGUAUGGCAUGUUGCUCAUUCACGAGGCUCUGACGGCGCUUGGAAGGCCAUCGACGUACCUGAGAAGUGCCAUCGGUCUCAUUCGCGCUACUUGUAACAACCACAUCAACAGUGGCGGAAGCUAUGUGAAGUCUCGAAGGUCGAUCGAUACGGUCGAGCACGGCACGGUGGUUGAAGAAGUAGGGUGGGAAGUGGACAUGGGGGGCAAGCCGGAGACCAUACUGAAUGGAGCAACCAUCAACAACUACGAAUUUGCGCCGCGAAGGUGGGCAAACCACGGACUAGUGUAUGCUGACUACUUCUUCCUGUUGGUGGGCAACAAACUCCUGGAGAUGGGUGUCGAAGAGCUGUUUGAUGACAACCGGUCUUGA